CAGUAACACGUGACGUUAUGCACUUUUAUGCACCGAUAGUCGCGAUGUUUUCAAGUAAAGCGGCUGUCUUGUAUGAACACAUUUGUUAUAUCUGUGUUUCUCAUCGCCCGGCCAACUGUUUGUGUGUUUGUUGUUUAACACCGCACUCAGCCUGUCUAUGUAGCUCCUGUUCGAUUGACAUUGAAGCUGACACAAGUAUGUACUUUAAUUUUGGUGGCCCAAACCCUCGGGGAAGGCGUGUUCAAGUUGAACGAGCUCAACAUUUUCGACAAGAUACCGUGGUCAACUCUGAAGACACAGUCAUUGGAUGUAACCGACGGAUGCUUGACCAACAGCUUGCAUGUGACGUCAAGUUCAAGGUCGGGCAGUCGAAGUCGCCGGUAGGUGCCCACAAGUAUGUGCUGGGUGCCAGGAGUGACGUCUUCUUUACCAUGUUCAACGGAUCGAUUCCACAAAGUGAUGACGUCGAUGUUCCUGAUAUCGAGCUGGAACCCUUCAAGAUAUUCUUACGCUACCUGUACUGUGAUGAAAUACUCGUUGCCAUGGACAACGUGCUGUCCGUCCUUUACUGCGGCAAGAAGUACAACGUUCAGUCUCUGUUGACCAAGUGCGUGGACUUCAUCAAGAACAUGAUGUCUGUCGACAACGUGUGUUCCUUGUUCGAACAAGCUCACUUCUUUGACGAGGAACAGUUGUACCAGAGUUGUCUCUCCUUCAUUCACCAACAGGGGACGGAAGUGUUGCAAACAACCGGAUUCCUUUUGCUCUCGCGCGCAUGCGUUUCUGAUGUAAUUUCCUCAAAUUCUUUGGCUUGUGAGGAAAGCGUCGUCUUCGAGGCAAUGCUUCGCUGGGCAGAGGCGGAAUGUAAACGUCAACACAAACCUGUACACGAUUCGAAUUUGAGGGAAAUUCUUGGUGAAUUGCUGUUCAAAAUUCGGUUUAGUCUGCUCGAUAUUUCAUAUUAUUCUUCUUAUGUUUCUACUCGCAAGAUACUGACAGAUGCUGAAAAGGUGUUCCUGUUUCAGUCAAUAUCAGGCACAGCAGUAGGCACAAUGAAGUUUAAUGGUAAAAAGCGAACACAAUAUUGGGAUUUAUUGCAAUGAAAUGCAAAUGUACAGAUAAAAAAGUUCAUAUUAUUCCUGAAAGUUUGUGAAACUGCAUCCAGUAAUAUUGAACUUAGUGAAUGGAAUGUGGACAUUUUAUACUUUCGACCGAGACAAGAGGAGACACUGAUGCAUGUCUUCACUGUUGGCUUAAUAUGAAAAGAAGAUGAAAUGUAUGUUUUAAAUGUAUGUGCGGCGUAUACCUCUGGUGGAGACAGUAUACAUAUAUUUAAGAAAUAACAGUGCUAUAAAGACAUUCGUAACUAUUAUAUCACUGAAGAUACAUAAAACAUAUCUCUGUUUGUACCUUAAUAACAUGUAAAACUAAGAGUGGAACCAUUUACUAUGCUUAAUUUACAAGAAUACUACCAAUGAAAUGUGUACUAUAUGUAUGUUAAUGUCUGUGUCAGUAAUUGUUUACCAAUACAAAACAUUUACUAUUUA